AUGGCGUCGCCUUUGGUGACGAGCCCCUCAUUGCGAGCCCCAGACCCGUCGAAGAAUGGACGAUAUACUCUACGGGUUUCCGAUUCCAUCCGUCGUCCACGCCGCCCUUCCCCCAAGUUUGCCAGUAUCAAAUUCAAUCAUAAACCGAAAUCGUCCAGUCGAACCCACGAGACAACCUUCACACAGGAAGGCUCCGCCGCGAGACUUACGAUUCACGAACAGGAAGACGAGGGCCAAGGUCGGUUCGAAUACGCGGGCUCAGGGAUCGAGCCUAAGCAGUCCUACAUCUUGGUAUUCGACCAAGCAAGCCAGACGUGCGCUUUGGAACCCUUAUCUACCUCCUACAGCUUCAACCUGACAUCGGCACCAUGGGAGAAAUCGUCGAAGAAGCUAUCGGAACAAUACCCGCAGGUCCGACCUACGCGGUCGAGCAAAGGCGACGUAGGAGACGGGCCGGACGAAACCGAACUCGACAACGAUUCCGAUCCCGACCCAGGGAAUCCGUUCGACUACCGUCAUUUCCUACAUUCGCGAAAAUCCCCGUCUCCCGAACCAUCUUCCCGCGUGGGCAACGCCACUCCAAAUGAACACGGGAGGCCGCUGACUCCCAUCAUAUCGAAAGCAGAGGGAGCAAGGAAGAUAGCAACAAAACCACCGCCUACACGCAAGCCGGCAACUACGUCCACUGUGAAUAAGCGCAAACUCCCUGGUCCAGCACAAUCCACCGCAUCCAAAGUUCCCACCGUCAGACUCGACCGCCGAGCCUCAACUAGACCCUCCGAGCCACCCAAGAAGAAAGCCCCCACCAAAUCAUCCAAACCGACCGUCAAGUCCGCCUACUACGUCCAUGACUCCUCCGAAUCCGACACCGAAGAACCCGACCCCCCGGAGAAGUCCGGCGGCCUCGAGAUCGACUUCGGCGGCGCCUCCCCCCCCGACUCCAUGCGCAAGCGCCGCAACUUCGGCCUCCCGGGCCACGACGGGCCCAUCUCCCUUCGCUCCGCAGCCGACUCCGCCAGCCCAGGGAGCCGGCUGCACACGCCGUCGCACUCCCGGAACGUGUCCAGGGAGGUCAUCGACUUCGGCACCGUCGGCGAGCGGGAUGAGGACUCGGAUGACGAGGCAUCCGAAGGCGAGGAUCGGGAUAUUGUGCCGAUUUCUAUUGGGCCGCCGGCGCAUAAGGCGCUGGGGCAGGGGAAGUCACCGGAGGAGGAGAUGGAUGAGAUAGAGGCGGAUUUGGAGGCGGGUUUGGAGGCAGAUCUAGAGGCGGAUCUGGAGGCGGAUCUGGAAGCGGAUCUAGAGGCGGAUCUGGAAGCGGAGUUGAUGCAGGGGUUGCAGGAUCAGAGGGAGGAGGAGAUGUUGGAGAGGAGUCGGGCGGUGGUGCCGGAGGAUGAGAGUGAUGAGAGUGAGGAGGAGUAGUAUUGUUCUAUCUGUGGUGGUAUAUCUACUAGUGAUUGGAAUAUGUGUUGCUCAUGAUGCGGAGGGGCGGAACGCUGUCAACCGCUCUUUGGGCGAAUAUUGCAGAGUAAAGUAGAUCGAUUUAUUCAAUACCUACCGGUACAUGACUGAUGACUUUGGUCAAUAUGCAAAAUCAUCAUG